GUUACAAAGAACAGCCGCGAGAGAACUCUGGGACUACACAUGAUGGUGCAACAAUGCUGACUUGUCAGACUUUCACUCUAAAUUCAGCGUCUCACUUGAAAUCUUAGUUUUGCGUGUAACGUCAACGAUGGCGCACUCUGGCUCACUAAAUCUGUUUUCCAAAGAGGCAAGAGAAUUUCUAAGAAAUGCUGUCAUUGACAGUCAAAUGGUGGAAGAACAAAACAUCACAUCAGAUGAUGAUGAUGAUGAUCGGGUUGAAACUCGACUCGUUUUGGGAGAAAGAAUGGCGUGUUCUGCUUGUCAUACUGAAUUUGUUGAUCGUCCGCAACAGGUUCAACACUUUAAACUUGACUGGCACAGAUAUAACAUCAAACGCAAGAUUAUUGGAGCAGUUGCUGUAACCGAAGAAGACUUUGAAGAUUUAUCAGAUGUGUCAAGCAUAUCGGGAUCAGACACCGAAAGUAGAGACACAUCAGAACUGGAUAGCAGCGUUCAGUCACCCGAUCGACGUCUGUCGUCUCGUCUACCUAAAAUGUACUUCACCGGAGCUGAUAAAUUGCUCUACUCGUUAUACAAAUGUGUAGUUUCCAGUAGAAAGACUGAUGAGUCGUACUCUUUGGUACAAAUUUCGUCGGUCGUUGACAAUCCUGUGUGGGUUAUUGUUAUGCUGAGUGGCGGCCACUUUGCUGGAGCAGUUUUCAAUGGAAGUACCGUUGUUGCUCACAAGACGUUUCAUCGGUAUACGGUAAGAGCUAAGAGUGGGACAGCUCAGUCUGUUAGGGAUGCACAGGGAAAUCAACCAAAGUCCGCAGGAGCAUCACUUCGAAGAUACAAUGAAGCCGCUUUACAACAGGAUAUUCACACUCUUCUUGAGUCUUGGGCAACUCAUUUGCAGCAAGCCAGUGCAAUCUUUUUACGAGCGCCUGGUGAGAACAGGAAAGUGUUUUUCUCUGGAAAGAAUUCUUUGUUGUCUAAAGAUGAUCACAGAGUCAGCUCGAUACCUUUUGCUACCCGACGUCCAACACUGAAGGAAGUAGAGCGAAUUCAUAAUGUUUUGUCUACCAUCCAAUGUCACGGAACACCAGACAAUUUUACUCAAACUCAAGAGCGACAGAGCAUCAUUCGAGCAGACAAACGCAAACAUUUUGCAGAGAAAAAAGCUCUUAGUGAGAAAAACACAGCGAAACUAGAGAGAGGACCCGAAGACGUCGGAGCAGCCACAGUCUAUCCGAGAGAAGCACUGCUGCAGUCUCAAGAGUACAACAUUAGUAUAACGGAUCCAAGCAAUACGACAACAACAACAGACGGUCAUACAUCGGCAGAAAAAAUCCAUAAGAAAAAGAAGGCAAAGAAGACGACAGCAAAUGUUGAUGAUUUACAGCAAGACAUUGAGUCAACCACUUCCAUGAUCGAGAAGACCAUACAAGUGCUGUCACUUGAAGACACAAUUAUUGCUGCUUGUAAGAGAGGAGAUUUAGGAGCUGUGAAGAAACUGGUGCUUGUUGAUCUGUACCAUAAUGAUUUCAGACAAGAGAGCAACGUCGUUCAUCAUCAGUGUGAAGAGUUACAGCAGGCUGGCCAAUGUGUAGCUGUAGAGAGCGACUGUGAUGUAAUAAAAAGUUGUGACAAAGAGAGGAGAUUAAAUUUUGUUGCGAACGAAGAUGGUGAGACGAUUCUACAUGCUGCUGCUCGCGGCGGCCAUCCAGCACUUAUUGUAUGGUUACUGUCUGAGGGAACGGAUCCCGCAAUGAAAGACAAGAAAGGAAGGCCUCCAUAUGCUGUAGCUCGUGAUAAGCCGGCAAGGAAUGCAUUUCGACGGUUUAUGGCUGACUAUCCAUAUCGAUACGACUACUCUACGGCUCAGGUGCCUAGUGCUUUAACUGACGAUCUGGAAAAACAGCAAGAGAAGAAAAAGGCGGACAAGAAGAAAGCACAGAAAAAGAGCAAAAAGCAAAAAGACAAGGAAGAGAAAGAGGUGGCGAGGAAGAAGCAAACCGAGGAAGAACAACAGCGAAAGUGGGAUGCUCUUAGUGACAGAGAGAAGAGGGCAUUGGUUGCUGAAAAGAGACUGGCACAGCAGAUAGAGAUGAAAGCUGCACGUGGAAAAACAAGUGGAGAAUGCAAUUGGUGUCAUUAUGGUCUUGACGGUCUUACACCAUUUUCGAGGUUUGACUACAAAUAUUGCAGCCUCGACUGUUUGAAAAGCCAUAGAGAAGAACUUCAACGAAACUGACUCUAGUUAUGUUCAGUGUUGGUUAAUAAUUUAGUUUAUUGUAAAUUAUGUCUUAAAAUUUAGACUUUCUGGAGAAUCUAAUACAGCAAUUGAUACAUUGAAAUAAGGAUUUUUGUUUAUGCGCAUGCGUGUAGCUACUAGCCUCGGAUACGCUGUGCGCUAAACGCGAGUUGGGA